CGGGCACUGGGUAUUUAAAAACUUAGUAUCGUCUUGAAAUCGAAUCAAAUCAAAAGAGAUUGGGAGAGACAGGGUUCGAGAAAAAUCAAUGGCAGCAGCCGCAACAGCGUCGGUCGUGCCGGCGAACAGAGGCGGUCGUCGGAACGGCGCCGUCGACGAUGAGAAGCUGGUGUUCGAGACCACGGAGGGUGUGGAGCCCAUCAUGAGCUUCGACCAGAUGGGAAUCAAGGACGAUCUCCUUCGGGGCAUCUACGCCUACGGCUUCGAGAAGCCCUCCGCCAUUCAGCAGAGAGCGGUCUUGCCCAUCAUUCAGGGCCGCGACGUCAUCGCUCAGGCCCAGUCCGGUACCGGAAAAACCUCCAUGAUUGCUCUCACCGUUUGCCAGAUGGUCGACACUUCCAACCGAGAGGUCCAAGCAUUGAUCCUAUCGCCCACAAGGGAACUUGCAUCUCAGACAGAGAAAGUGAUUCUGGCCAUUGGGGAUUUCAUAAAUAUACAAGCCCAUGCAUGUAUUGGAGGCAAAAGUGUAGGUGAAGAUAUUAGAAAACUAGAAUAUGGCGUUCACAUUGUGUCUGGAACUCCUGGAAGAGUGUGCGACAUGAUCAAGAGGAGAACAUUGCGUACUAGAGCUAUUAAACUAUUAGUUCUUGAUGAAUCUGAUGAGAUGUUGAGCAGAGGUUUCAAGGACCAAAUUUAUGAUGUUUACAGAUAUCUUCCACCAGAGCUUCAGGUUGUCUUGAUUUCUGCUACCCUUCCAAAUGAAAUUUUGGAGAUAACGAACAAAUUUAUGACAGAUCCUGUAAGGAUCCUUGUGAAACGUGAUGAGUUGACUCUAGAGGGUAUAAAGCAAUUUUUUGUUGCCGUAGAAAGAGAAGAGUGGAAGUUUGACACUUUAUGUGAUCUUUAUGAUACUCUUACUAUCACUCAAGCUGUUAUUUUCUGCAACACGAAACGAAAGGUGGAUUGGCUAACUGAGAAGAUGCGCAGUAAUAACUUUACCGUCUCAUCAAUGCAUGGAGACAUGCCUCAGAAGGAGAGAGAUGCUAUAAUGGCAGAGUUCCGUUCUGGUACUACCCGUGUGCUGAUCACAACAGACGUCUGGGCUCGUGGGCUUGAUGUUCAACAGGUUUCCCUGGUGAUUAAUUAUGACCUUCCAAAUAAUCGAGAGCUUUACAUUCAUCGUAUUGGUCGUUCUGGUCGGUUUGGACGCAAGGGUGUUGCAAUCAACUUUGUCAAAACCGAUGAUAUCAAGAUUCUAAGAGACAUAGAGCAGUACUACAGUACCCAGAUUGACGAAAUGCCAAUGAAUGUGGCCGAUCUGAUUUAAGGAGUCUCCUGGCCAUUUUGGCCAAGCAGGGAAUGUAGGUUGUGACUUUGCGAUUGCUCGACUAGUGCUGGUUUUUUCUCUUGGGUAGUAGUUUGUAUACUAUACUGGCUUUGGCUUUUGGCUUUUUCCUGGGUGAUAGAUUGUACACUAUUGGGUCGCAGAUUGAAGGUUUUUUCUGUCUCUGGGUUUUUGGGUUUUUGUAAUGAGAGUGGUUUCAAUUAAAGAUUUUCUGUGGAUGACAUUAUUUUUAUAAUUUUUUAUGAGACCAAAUGCCCUCA